AAGUGCUUCUACACGUCUCCCACAGUUACAUCGCGGCAAACAACUGUUACAGAAUAAUAGGGAAGAAGAGCUAACAACCGCGGAUACGCUCAAGAAGACGCUGCGAGCACUUUUCAGUUACUUUUUGUCUAUCUGAAGAAGUUGUUGUUUUCAUCGGCAAGAGAGGAGACUACAAUCAGCCGCUCACCACCGCCUCACGCUUCAAGCUAUAUGUAUUUGGAUUUAACUUUUCUCUCCCGUCGCCCUACUAUGGUCAUAAUGGAGGUGCCCACCAUCGACUGUGCGUCCCUCCGUGGUCUGCUGGAGGCCGACGCUCCGGGCUGCUUGGUGCUGGACUGCCGUUCGUUCCUGUCUUUUAACAGCUCCCACAUCGCGGCCUCCACCAAUGUCCGCUUUAGCACCAUCGUGCGACGGCGAGCCAGGGGCGGCUUGGGACUCGAACACAUCGUCCCCAACGAGGACACCAGGAGCCGGCUAAUGAGCGGCGACUACCAGUCGGUGGUUCUUCUGGACGAACAUAGUUGUGAUUUAAGCCAAGCCAAGAAAGAUGGGACUUUGAUGCUGGCUGUGGCAGCCCUAAGUCGGGACCCCUGCGGAGCAAGUGUUUUCAUUCUUAAAGGUGGAUUUGAAACAUUUUCCAAAGAGUAUCCAGACAUGUGCACCAAGCCUUCUCCCUCACAGGGGCUCAGUUUACCUCUAAACUCCAGUCACCCAGGAAGUGCAGAUUCAAGCUGUAGUCCAUGCAGCACACCACUUUAUGAUCAGGGAGGUCCUGUGGAGAUCUUACCCUUCCUUUACCUCGGUAGCGCUUACCACGCGUCGCGAAAAGACAUGCUGGACAUGCUAGGGAUCACCGCCCUUAUAAACGUUUCUGCCAAUUGCCCCAACCACUUUGAGGACUCCUUUCUGUACAAGAGCAUCCCUGUGGAGGACAACCACAAAGCGGACAUCAGCUCUUGGUUUAAUGAGGCGAUUGAGUUUAUCGAUUCUGUCAGGAAUAACGGAGGUCGUGUGUUCGUCCACUGUCAAGCGGGCAUUUCCCGUUCAGCCACCAUCUGCCUCGCCUACCUCAUGCGCACCAACCGCGUGAAACUGGACGAGGCUUUCGAGUUCGUGAAGCAGCGCCGCAGCAUCAUCUCGCCUAACUUUAGCUUCAUGGGUCAGCUCCUACAAUUUGAGUCUCAGGUGCUCGCCUCUUCAACCUGCUCGUCAGAGGCAGGAAGUCCAGCCAUUGGCAACGGCAACACAGUUUUCAAUUUCCCCGUGUCCAUCCCAGUACAUUCGGCCCCCAGUCAGCUCUCCUUCCUCCAUAGUCCUAUCACUACCUCUCCUAGCUGCUGAUACAUAGAUAAUGGGACUUAAAUAUAUGUACGCAAACAAUAACUCAACAACUGAUGACUCUGAAACAGUGGUGCUGGUAUCACUGCACUAUGUGCAUUUUUGACUCUGUAACCUUGUUUCCCCAACUUCAAUUCAAAGGGAAAUGUGGCAGCUACCAACAAGCAGUAUUGACGUAUAUGAAUAUUUUAUAUUCAAGGAUUCUGCUACAUGAAAGCAAAUGCAGUUGAUAAUCAUAAUCAUUUAUUAGAAACAAAUCAGAGGGCUAACAGCAAUCUCAGGAAUGUUGACCUCCCAUAUGUCUAUAUUUUGUUUCCUAGUUAAGGGAUCUAACUAUUAACCUAUGCUGACAAGUUAAUGCUUCAUUUGAAGAACAAUGAAUGUAUCCCCAUUGUUUAGUGUGGAUUUGGCAGAAGAGGCCAAUUUGAAUGCAAAUGUCUGCCUUUGCUAGAUGAAACGAUCCUGACGCGAUGGGGAAAGUGACCGUUAAAUACCUCAUGUUUCUGUACUGUGUACUGCAAGCCCCGUGGUGGGCAGUUAUCUGCAAUGAUUGCUAUAUGACAUAUUUAUUAAACUAAAGUAAUAUAUUUCUCUAUUUUUGCAUAUGUCCAUUUAAAUGUUUUUAUACCUGUUUGAAUAAAUGUUUUAACUGUA